AUGCCAAACGUUGGUCUUACCAUAACUACGAAAAAUGCCAUUAUAACGUCUCAGAAGACUCUUUUGUUGAAACAUGCAAAGUUUUUUCCUCCGCACAACAUGAUCAAUGAGUGUGCCCACGACGAAGUGAUUAGGAUGUGUUACCGGCGCUUCAUGAGGAUAAAACCACUUGUGUCUCAGCGACAAAUGAUUCAGACCACGUACGUACAGUACUUGCGGUAUAAGUUCAGGACCGAAGACUAUGAAGAAAAAUUGAAAGCAAGUGGGAUUACUCUACCGAAAACUUCUUUUGAUGAUUCGAGCCAAGUGUACCGCAGUCUUCUCUUUUGCUUAAAGGCUGUGUCGACAGUGAAAAAGGGGUUUUCUGGAGAAAAAGAUGCCUCCGCUGAGAUUAGGAGAGCCCGAAACAUACUGAAAAACAUCUUGACGGUUGAAUUCGAGAAGUCCGCACUUAUUGCCAAAAAUUCAGGCCAGAACUUCACAGUUUUAAGGAAGUCAUUUUCCUACUUGAGACCGUCAGUAGAAAAUGCUGCCAACGUUUCUCAGUUUGCUCCUCUGAGAGAUUUUGAUAGGUGUUUGUUAGCAUUGAAUAUAACACUGGGUACCCGACUUUGA